AUGUUUCGUGCCGAUUGGUAUACUUGUGCUGGUAUGAUGGCCACUGAAGGUUGGCUUGUACUGCAACCAAAUUAUCGAGGUUCUUCAGGCUAUGGUGAUGACUUUCUAAAUGGCAUAUUACUUGAAAUCGUUUCUCGUCCUGGUAAAGACAUUUUGUUUGGUGUCGAUGCGUUGAUACGUGAUGGUAUUGCUGAUCCUAUGAGACUAGCCGUCGGCGGCUAUAGUUAUGGUGGAUAUAUAACAAAUUGGUUGAUCACUCAGACAACUCGAUUCAAUGCUGCUCUCUCAGGUGCUGGCGCUAUUGAACACGUCAUUGAUUGGGGAACAAACGAUAUACCCGUAUCGAAUGUUUACUUGUUAGGUGGCUUUCCAUGGCAACAGCCUAGCCGAUAUCAAAAGGAAGCUGCUGUAUAUCAACUGGAUAAAAAAAUCUACGAACGGAACAAUGAUCGAGUAUGGCAUUGUUUUCAUUUAGAUACUUGA